AUCACUCACUCUGACAAGCUUGAAAUGAACACCAAAUUUUCAAUUCUCUUUUCGCUUUUGGCGGUUUCAGCACUUGCGGUGGCUGCUGAGGAGAAUGUGUUCCUCCGCGCUCGUCGCCAAUCUUCAUGUGGAUGCGCCAUUCCAGCUGCUCCACAAUGCAACUGCCAACCAGCUCAAACCAACACCGCCCAACAAUCUUGCUCCUGCGCUCAAGCUCAACAGCCAUCAAGCUGCGGAUGCGCUCAACAGUAUCAGCAACAACAGUGUGCACCAACUUGUCAGAGCUCCUGUGAACAGAGCUGUGUUGCCCAGCAACAGCCAAUCGCCCAGUGCCAAUCAUCUUGCUCUUCCACUUGCCAGUCCGCAUGCGCUCAGCCAGUUCAGCUUCAGCAGCCAGCUCAGCAACAGUGCCAACAAGAUUGUCAAGCUGCUUGCCCACAACAACAACAACCACAGCAACAGUGCCAGCAGCAAUGCCAGACGACAUGUCAAUCCGAUGAUCAGUACUCUCAACAAUUGAUCCAACAGCAAACCUACGCUCAGCCAGGACAAAUCCCAGCCUACACCGGAAGAUCCGAGUACAAUACUGCCCCACCACAACAGCAACAAGCCAGUCAAUGCAAUACCUGCCAAAACUCGUGCCUUAACACAUGCCAGCAGCAACAGCAGCCAGUGCAACAGUGCCAAUCAUCAUGUGAUCAAUCGUGCCAGCCACAAUGUGCCACGCCAUCUGGCUCCGCUUACAACCAAGUCAACUACCAGCCACAGGCCCAGAACAACUACCAAACCAACAACAACUACCAACAGCCAGGAGCCAUUCCAUCAUACCAAGGAGCUUCCCAGACUGCUGCACCAACCUACCAGCCAUACAGAGACACCAAUGUUCAGGUCGGAGGAACCAUCUCCCAGUGCAACACUUGCCAAACCCAGUGCAACCAGGAAUGCCAAGUCCAGCAGACCCCAGUGAACCAGUGCGCUCCACAAUGCGACGCUCAAUGCCAGCCAGCCUGCUCCCCAGCUGCUCCAGCAGCUCCAGUUCAAACGCAACAACAAAUUCAGCUUACCAUCAAUGUUCCAGUUGCUCGUCAGUCCCCACAGUGUCAGCCACAAUGUGAGCAAAGCUGCAACACCCAAUGCAUUCAGCAACAGCAACCAAUCUCGCAGUGUCAGCCAGCUUGUCAGCAGAGUUGUUCGGCUUCCUGCAGAAAGUAAAUUAACUUUAAUUAUUAAUUUUUGGGAAAAAAUAACUUUGUGAUGGUUUUUUGUGUAUAUUUUGAUAAAUAAAUUGUUUUCUA